AUGGCCUUCGCAGGUGUAUCCCUCAUCGCCGAUGGCAAGCUCAUGGGCACGGACGGCUCCUCUCCCACGCCGACCAUAAACGCCAAGGCCACCAGCGGGUACCAUUUGCUUGUCGUCGAAGGCCACUCCCGCACCGCAGCUCAUAGUCCCUUGACAUGCAUCAGGUCUCGCCCUUUCAUCAUCGGCGGCCAUCGCUGGUGCAUCCUCUACUACCCCCACGGCCGUUCCCCGGACGACGCCGGCUUCAUCUCACUUCAUCUCUCCAGCGAACACGGCGUGAAGCGGACCAACUUUGAGUUCAGUUUCGUGGACGAGACCGAGAAGCAGGAGCCGGCACACAUUCGCGCGGGAAGAAGAGUGCCCAUCUAUGGAUGUUACAGCGCCGGAUACGGCAGGUUCGUUAAAAGGGAUGCGCUGGAGAAGUCCAAGCAUUUGAAGGACGACAGCUUCACCAUCCGUUGUGAUGUCGUGGUCGCCCAAGAGGACGUGACUUCUCCCUGCGUGGAGGUGCCGCCGUCCAAUAUGAAGCGAAACUUCACCGACCUUCUCCUCGCCGGGGAGGGCGCCGACGUGGUCUUCCGGGUCGACGGCGACACUUUCGCCGCCCACCGCUGCGUCCUCGCUGCCCGGUCCGCCGUCUUCAAAACGAUGCUUUUCGGUCCCAUGAAGGAGGGAAGCGCGGGGACCGUCGUGCAGAUCGACGACAUGGACGCGACAGUAUUCAAGGCCAUGCUUGUAUUCAUCUACGGCGACUCCAUGCCGGCAGAGGAGGGAGGAGACGACGGCGAUGGCGUUGUCCUGCUACAGCAUCUCCUCGUGGCAGCGGAUAUGUACGGCAUCCCAAGGCUAAGCGCCAUGUGCGAGAAGAAGCUAUGCGAGCACAUCGGUGUCAGCACCGCGAUGUCCAUCCUGGCCCUCGCCGACCACCACGGCUGCCACGGGCUGAAGGAGGCCUGUUACGAGUUCCUCUCCUGUCCGGUCAACUUGAGGGCGGUCGUGGCGAUGGACGGCUUCGAUCAUCUCUGCGGAAGCUGCCCUCCUCUCAUCAAGGAAUUGGUGAUUGACAUGCUGCAGCCUGCAGGCGCCUAA